AUGUUUAUGGGUACUGUUAAGGGAUCGUGGAGUCCUGAGGAGGACGAGAUGCUAGAGAAAUUGGUGAAGAAGCACGGCGCGCAAAAAUGGUCCGUCAUCUGCAAAGGCAUUCCGGGACGCUCAAGCAAGUCCUGCCGACUGCGGUGGAUCAACCAGCUGAGUCCGGACGUGGAGCACCGCCCCUUCACGCCGGAGGAGGACGACGUCCUCAUCAAGGCGCGAGCCAUUCACGGGAACAAGUGGGCCACCAUCUCGCGCCUCCUCCCUGGCCGCUCCGACAACGCUAUAAAGAAUCGCUGGAACUCUAGCCUCCGCCGCUUCUGCGUGACGGAGCAGCCAUCCUCGUCGUCGGCGUGGCCAAGCGCCAACUACCCCUCUCCCGUCGACCCCUUCGACCCGUUCGACCCUUCCUAUCCUUUCAAGAAACAGUGCGUAAAUGAAAGGAAAGAAAAGUCCAUAGCGAUUCCCGUUACAACGUCGCUGAGUCUCUCUCCGCCUGGGGAAAGAUCAGAUGCAGAUGGAGAUAGACAGGAGGAAGAGGAAAAAUAUUUUGAAUCGAACCUGAAUUACAUUCUGGAUCAGGAAAAGUUUCUUGGGAUAGUCCGGCAAAUGAUAGCGAUCGAGGUUAGAAAUUACAUGGAUGCUUUGUGGCAACACGGAAUGUACGGACCACCUUUUCCUCCAUCGUCGUUAUAUUGGCCUCCCAGAUAUUGA